AUGGAAGAGAGACUGGUUUUUGGGCCGAGAGAAUUUAGAGAGAAAACUGGUAUUUUCAGAUUCUGGGUAGCCUCUUGCAAUUUGAAAGGCAGGCUUCCCCUCGACUGGGUUGUCCAUCCUCCUCCGAAGCUUAGGACUAUUUUAUCUUUGGAUUCUUUUUUUCUUUCUAGAAAUCCAAUCAAUAAACUUGGAGAGUCUCUGGUCAAGGUGAAAUCAAUCACGAAGCUCUCUCUAUCUAAUUGCCAACUUCAAGCCAUUGAUUCACUAAAGUCGUGCACUGAGUUGAAAGAGCUCCGACUUGCUCACAAUGAUAUCAAGACCCUCCCAUCUGAGUUGGUCCAUAGUUCAAAACUUCUGCUUUUGGACGUGGGAAACAAUUUGAUCACAAGUUGGUCAGACCUGAAGGUGCUGUCUUCAUUGGUUAACCUGAAAAACCUAAAUUUACAAGGCAAUCCUAUUGCUGAAAAAGACAAGUUAGCAAAAAAGAUCAGAAAGCUAGUGCCAAAUUUACAGAUAUUCAACUCGAGACCAAUAGACAAAAGCGCAAAGAAUGAGAAGGGUGACACAGAUGAUGGAGUUCAUGAUUCUUCAGUUAAUGUUGAUAACAAGCAAGGGGCUCAAAAAGAAGAGAAAAUAGAUUACAGCAUGAGAAACAAGAACCGCAAACGUAAUGUGAUGAGUCAAAGCAACGAUGAUCAGCGUGAUACUGCUAGGGAUGUUGACAUGGAGAGAGGAUUGAAGCAUAAAAAACAGAAAUCCACGGUACUCCCUAAAGAAAAAGAUUCAGACCAAAAAGAAAUUAGUACUAAAACUGACAAGAAAUUGAAGAAAAAGUUGAAGGAGGUGCAAGAAAAUGAAGUCAAUGUCAUUGACGAUGAAGAGACUCGACCUACAGAUCCUAGUGUGAAGAAGGAAUCGAAGCGCAGAAAAGAUAAAACAACUGAAAUCCUAAAGGUAGAACUAGUGAACCAUAAGGAGGAUAGUACUAUCAUUGAGAAGGAACUGAAAAGAAAUUUGAAAAGGGUGAAGCGAAAUGAAGCUAAUGUCAUUGAUGAUGGAGAAACUCCAUUUGCAGACCUUUUUGCUAUUACUGGUGAGAAUGCUGAGAACAGUGGUGGAAGCAGGGAUGAAAAAGCUGUUCAGGAUGUCAAUACCUUUAGUGGGUUAGUUAGCUCCCCUGUGAAGAGAGAGAAAACCAAGCCCUGGGGCAAGGGCUCUGCACUACAGUUGUCUGCAGCAGCUGAAGCUGGAUUGGAUGGGCUGCCUACAUGGGAUGACUGAGUAGUCUGCAAAGAUGAGUAGUUUUGAUGGCUGUGCUUCUGGGUGCUCAUUUUUUAGAUUGUAUUGACUUUUGAAGCUUAUGAAAUACUGAAGCGGGAAAACAUUUAUACAAGGGUGAGUGAGGAUGAAGGUGGAUCUUGUCGUGAAAUCCGAGUAUUAGGGAUUAAAGGAAGAAUGCUGAUGGUGAGUAUCACUCAACUUUACAUGCCAACCCUCAUUGGCAGUAUGGCACAUACAACCAGAAAAAUGUUUGUAUCUGUUGCUGUUACCCUUUUUAUCCUAUCUGGUAUGCCUGCCGGAGUAUAAAUAGUUGAAACAUUACUGAAUCUUUUUGGGACACAAUGUUUUUUUCUAUUGCAUGGUGUUUCUGAAUAUUAACUAACUGAAAUUUUAUUCAUGGUGUGUAAUGUGUAAUUUUGAAUAUUUAUAAAUGAAGUUCGCAUUUUGGCCCUUUCAAAA